CGGGUCGCCAUUUUGACUGAGCUACCCCAGUGACAGGAGCCGGGCAGGCAGACGCAGCUUCUCCCCGCUUCCCCUCCCCCUUCCCUAUUCCUUUCGCUACCCCGCGAGCCCCGUACUCCCGUCGCCCCGGCCCUGCCAUGUCCCAGAAACAGGAGGCUGAAAACCCCUCGGAGGAGACCGGAGAGGAGAAGCAGGACACACAGGAGAAAGAAGGUAUUCUCCCCGAGAGAGCUGAGGAGGCAAAGCUAAAGGCCAAAUACCCAAGCCUGGGACAAAAGCCUGGGGGCUCAGACUUCCUCAUGAAGAGACUCCAGAAGGGGCAAAAGUACUUUGACUCAGGAGACUACAACAUGGCCAAAGCCAAGAUGAAGAACAAACAGCUGCCAAGUGCAGGACCAGACAAGAACUCAGUGACAGGAGACCAUAUCCCCACACCGCAGGACCUGCCCCAGAGAAAGUCCUCCCUCGUCACCAGCAAGCUUGCGGGUGGCCAAGUUGAAUGAUGCUUCCCGGGGCUCCCGACAGAUCCUGAGACGCUGCCCCCCUGGGUCCUGUGCUGGCUCCUGCCCCUCCUUGCCUUAGUGGCUAGGGGGUCAGGAGGUGGCCUGGGUGCGGGCCGGAGAGGCAGAAGCCCCUGCCCGACGGUGUCCCAGCGCAUGGAGCCCCUCGGGUUGAGCACCAAGACCUUGAAUCUUUUUUUGUGUUUUAUUUUUCCAAACAUCUGCUGGGAAAAAAUCUCUAUGAAAUCCUGGUGUGGGGUUGAGAGGGUGGGGUUGGGUGGGUGGGAAUAUGGGGUAAUAUGAAUUGGGGCUUGGAGCAAAAAAAAAUUUGCUGACUUCCCUCUUUCUGUAGCCCUUGGUUGUGAUGGCUGGGUGUGGGGUUGCUUUAGGGAAAACGGACUGAAGAUGGAAGGAUCAGUCCAAUUCCACAGAAAAAUGCCUUGUGUGCUGGGCUUGGUGUCGGGUGAUUUAGUGUCAGGUAAAUGGGACUGUCCAUCCAGAUCUGACUGCUACAAAUGCAGUUCCCUUGUCUCUGCAAAGCAGGCUGGGAAACUUAACUCUAACAUACCUGUCUUGGAGGAUUGCUGGCCCUUUAAAGUAGCACUGUGGUGGGAAUUGGGGCUUUGAGUUUGGAGGGAGGCAUAAAUGUGUGGGAGCCCCAAAGAGCCUAGGGAACUUUUUCAGUAUUUGAAAUAAAAAAAAAAAAAAAAAAAAAAAAAACACCCACAAAAAAACCCCAGAAGUCCUCUGAAGCUGCUGGUGUGUUUUAUUGAGGGGGGAGAAAGUAAGAUUAGAGAGACCAUUAGAGAUAAACCUGGUCUAGAAUCUUGGAUGAGCAUGGAACAGGGACACUUAAAUAAGUUUUGGGUGGGUUCUAGCUUCUGUCAUUGAGGGGGUGGGGUAGGGAAUGGAAUAGGGACAUAGUUGAAUAGUAGGCUACAGCCAUUCCUAGCCUGCCGAUGAUUGUCUCUUUGGUUUCUAUGGCGGAUAUGGGAGGAUCAAAUCAAUCAUCUGGCUAUCAUUGGUAGUAGCUUACACAAUCAUAAAUUCAGUGUUCUAAGUAUUUUUAUGGUCCCAUUUCAAAGUUCUAAUAGGCUGAACAUAAAGGGAAAAGGAAACCCCACCCACCUCCUUUCCACUUGAGUCUUUCUAGUUCCCACUCCAGCUUUCUUUGUCAGAGGCAAAACCUCUUCUGCUUGUGACCCUUGAGGAGUCAGAGAGUAUUCUCCCAAAGCUGUCUCAAGCCCAACCUGGCAAACUGCUCCUUCGAGCCCAGAAGCUGUCUCAUGAUGUUAGUUAAACUCUUCAAGGUACACACCCCACCCCCAGCUGAUUUUACCUGAACUAGCACAUUUUACUGGUAUCAGGUAGGGGCAGGUGAUAGUCAUGUUUUCUAAAGUAUGAUUAAAGCAUUUAGGAAGAGUAUGCUUGAAAAUGAAGUAAUAUUUCAAGGGAGAGAGGCAUUCCUAUAAAAUAAUUUUGUCUCUUCUGCAUGGGAGAAGAUGAAGGGAUAGGCAGAAAGAAGGUUAUUCUUUGUCAAGUAGGUCUUCCUCCAGCCAAGUGAAUUCUGUUCUAGGAGACUGGACUGUACAUCUUCAGAGAAAGUAUAUGCUCAGAUAUCUUCCAUCUGGUUUGAUUCAGUUCAUACCAACGGAAUAGCUAAUGUGUGCUAUGGACGGUUGGUAAUAACAAGAUGAGUAAUUCACAGUGUCUGCCUUCAAGGCAGUUAUGAAGAAGGGUGGGGAAGAGGUGGGAGAAAAAAUAAAACAUUCAAUGUGAUUAAGCUAGAUAGGAUCUAAAUGCCACAAAUUGCUCUAGAGUUAUAGGCAAGGGCAUAUUUUGUUGUGGGUAAAGGGAACCUUUUCAUAAAGGAGACUUUGAGAGGCCUUCAAAAAACACUGGUCACCUGUGUGUUUGCCCAUGUGAUAGGUGUGGGGGAGAGCUACUGCUUAGGGAAGAAAGAGACCCUGCUUUUAUGGAGCUUUAGAUCUAGUCCAAGAAAUGACAUGUGCAAGUUAAAUACAUUGAAGUCUGAAAAGCUAGGGUAGAGAGGAAGAUCAGGGGGUCUAAGGGAGAUGGCAUGAGUGAUCGUGGAUUUAGAAGUAUGCCAAAGUAGACAUAAUGAUGGAGAGGAUAAAAUAGUCUAAAUAUUAAAGACAUUUAACAUCAAAGAAGCCUAAUUUAAAGUAGGUAGAGGGAAUUGUGAAUUACAGCUGAAAAAGCAAAUGCCAAAUUAAUACCCAGAAAAGAAGUUUGAAUUUAAAGACAGUGGAAAGCCACUGAAAAUAUUUUGAGUAGCAUGCACACUAGAUUUAGGCCUAAAGAAAAUUAGUCAGCAGUGAUAGGGAUGGAUUGGAGGAACUAGGUGGGAAAGACAUUUUAGGUGUUAGCAUUGUUUCAGAUGAGUAAUAAAAGGGGUCCUAUUAAUAGGGUGAUCACAGGGAGAAUGGAAAAAGUGAAUGGGAGAAAUUGGAAGCACCUGGUCAUGGGUUAGACAAGAAGCAAAAAUGAUGUACUGAUUUGGAACAUGGAACAUGGAACACAAAAUGAUCCAAAACAACAUAAAAAGCAGGACUUGAGGAAAAGAUUGAUUUUCUACACGUUGAGUUUUUGGUGUUGAGGGGACAUCCAAGAGAUGGCCUGCAGCUAGCUUUUCUAUGUAGUAUUUGAAGGUCUUGCAUUGUCAGAAGUGGAGGGUGGGGGAGGUCUCACCUAAAUGGGCCCCCAGUUGUGUUGCCAAGCUGGGAGGGAGAAGGGCUUAGCGCUGGAAAGCAGGUGUUCCUAAUAGAGAAGUGUGGUGUUGGCAUAGGGGUCAGGAGGGCCUGCUGCCCAUCCUGGCCGAGAAAGGAGAGGCAGGUGUAAGCCAAGAGGCUGGCCCACAACAUGGGAGAAAACGGCAGGUGUGACUUGUCCAGGGCCACACAACUAGGGUCUGAGGCCCAAUUCAGACUCGGAUCUUUCAGAUCCAGCUCUUCCCAGAACCACAUAAGUGCUUGUAGGCAGUUGGGGGUGCAGCUCUGGAGCUCAGAAAAAGAGGAGAGGUGAUGUAAAUCUUCUCAUUUGCAUGGAGAUGUUACUUGAGCCUCCCAGAGAGAAAAAUGGGAAAGGCUAAGUGCAGAAACUUGGGGACCCCUUACUUUAAAGAGUUCGUAGAGUGGAGUGAGCCAAGAAAACGUGUCUAAAAGUCAAGGGAAGGUAGAGGGGAAACAUGGGAUCUGUUGAAGACCGAAAGGUGACUACUCCAGGUGGUGCUGAGGCCAUCCUUAAAAGGCAAGCCAGGUGGCACAUGGAGAAAUGCUGUGCCUGGAGCCAAGAAGGCAUGGGUUCAAAAGUGGUCAUAAGAUGCAAGCUGUGGAACUCGACCUCUGCCUUCGUUUCUCCACAUGUAAAAUGCAAAUAACACCUAUCUCCAAGAGUUUAAAGUUCAAAUGGAGUAUUUGUUAAACAUUUUGAAACAGAUGCUAUUCUUGUCCUCAAAACCACCCCACAACAUAGCAAGCAUGAGGAACUCUUGUCAGCAAAGCUGUAGAAGUGAGAAAUGGUGAGAUAUUUGAAAUAAUAUAGUUGUCAGAUUAGUUCCUGUGUAGGGUAAUAAAGGAGAAUAGACUUACUGAGGACAUAGUUAGGAAUAUUUGAAUACCCUUUAAUGCCAAGCUGAGAAGUUAGUUAUCUAAGAAAUUUUCUUCUUUAGGAGAAAUCUAGUAAAUAUAGGAAAAUCACAUGUUAGGUACUAUGGGAGAUCUAUAGAAGAAAUUCAGCCUGUGCCUUUGAGCCUAAAAACCAAAUGGGAAAAGACAAUACAUGUAAGAGCCUAAAGGUCACUUUGUAAAGCAAUUUUAACAUGCAAAUUAACAGAAUCCUAAAAUUUUCCUGAACUUAAAGUACACUACAGUGUGAAGGGGAAUUAGGAAGUUCAUUGACAAUACCCAAACCCCAAACUAGUCCCAUGACUACUUUUUAGUACUGUCAAGUGUAAUUAUUAGUGUUUCAUUUCAAAUAUAUAGGAAAUAAUAUCAGUAAAGGUGAAGGCAGAAGGUCUGGGCCUUAUUCAGGAAAUGCCAAGCACAAUGUAUAAACGUUGAGCAAACGAAAAAAAAUAGGCUCUCUGACUCCAAGAAACUUGUAUACUGAUAAGGGCCAUAAGACUUAAUGAUUAUAAUAGAACAUGAGUCCACAGAGGAAUGCAAAUUGUUAAGCAACAUUCAGAGCUGGCAUGAAACAAGACUGCAUGGAAGGGGGAGCACUAGACAAAGGGCAGGCAGGAUUUUAGCAGGUGGACAUGCAAAUGAAUGCCUGGGUAACUGUGCCAGGCCUAGAUAAUUGAACAAAAUGCACAAAUUUGGGGGUCGUAAGUAGAAACCAUGCAAAGCCCAUACUGAAACAAUUGAAAAGAAGUAAGAUGAGUCUGCAAAGCUCAACUGGAGACAAACUAUGGAAGACUUCUAAUACGAAGGUAAAGAGUUUAUUUAGAUUGGUGGACAGGCAGAGAAGGAGCCAACAAAGAUUUUGAGCUGUGGAAUGAUUUGAUGUGUGAAUAAGAAAAUUGGGGAAGCUCAGCUUGAAUGACUUCUUUUUCCAUUAAGUAGUGAAGAAAGAGGAAGAUGAUUAGGAACAGGAGACAAGGAAAGGGUCUAAAAUGAGAAAACUGAGAGGGUGUCAAAGUUGAAGACUAAAGGAACUGGGGAAAGAUAAGUGUAAUACCAUGAAUUUAUCUUUUUGGUCUAGACCUGUAAUUUUGUUAGUCUAGGGACUUCCUAGCAUGGAAGCUUUUUUUACUGAUGCAAUGAACAACUCCAUAACACUUGUCUGGGGCUGUUGAAAGAUUUCCCUAUGGUCACCAGCUAAGUACCAAUCAGAAGCAAGGUCAAACCCAGGUCUUCCCAUAUGAAAGAUCUCCACCAUCCUACCUCUAUUCCAUGAAUAUUUAAUGUAUUUAGUUUUGACCCCUAGCAACAACUGAUAUCUUGGAAUCUGGAGCAGAAAAAGUAGAAGGGAAAGGGAGAGGGGAGUGCAGAGCAUGGAGUGGUACACAGGCUAGCUCUAGAAUGACAGUCAAGGGAGUAAAGAAUUUUUUAUCCUAGGUCAAAUGAAAUCAACUGUGGAAGGGAACAGCUUUGGAGAGUGGGAAAGUGGAUCUGUUUUCAAAUUAGUAAGCAUCUGCCAUGUCAAAAGCAUGUGUGCACAAGAGUACAUUCGCUACCCUCAAGGAGCAUACAUCCUACUGGAGAUCUAAAUUAUGGUGGAAACAAUUGAUUCAGUAAAAAAAGAAUAGAGUUAUUUAGAGAUUAAGUUUCUUUUUAAUUAAUGCAUUUUUACAUCACCAUAAUUUCUUCCAGUAUCCAUCCACAGCCAAACCAUUAAAAAAGUAUUUAUUUAAAAAAAAAAAAAAA